CAUCCCACUGUCGCAUGCGCAUGUGUUAUUUAUGUCACGUAUUCCUCGUUCUAAAAACAAACAAUAGACUUUUGUUGACACGCGAAAGUGCUCCAUCAUGGAAGAUUCAGUGGAGGUCAUCCUUCAGCACAAGAGCUGUGAGCUCUCUCGUCACACAGAGGAAAAGCCACUGGUCACAGCAGCAUCUGGAGCGUUUCUUGCGGGAGUUUAUGGGCUCUGGACAUUAUUUGCACUCCCUGGCUUCCGGAAAGUACCAAUAUGCCUCAAGGUGCCUUAUUUGCCCUCCAGUAGAACACAGACCCAGAAUGUAAUGAAGCUCCUGCGUGGGAGAGCAGGGUGUCUGGCGGAUCUGGGGUCUGGUGAUGGGCGACUGAACUUUUUCAGACGCUUCUGAUGGCUUUCUGGAGACGACUGCUUUCUCACCGCAAUGCAUGGUAUUUGCUGCCACUGCAAAGGGUUUCCACUGCACUGGCUUUGAAAUCAAUUCUAUCCUGACUGGAUAUGCCAGAGUCAAAUCAAAUUGGAAGGGAAUACCAUCCAGCACUGCGAGUUUUGUAAACCAGGACUUUUGGAAGACCGAUUUGUCCAAAUAUAACAAUGUGACUGUUUUCUUGGCACCCGGAGUGAUGGAGGUGUUGGGUAGAAAGUUGGAGAAGGAGUUACCAGAUGAGGCUCGAGUCAUCGCCUGUCGCUUCCCCUUUCCAGACUGGACUCCGACAGCCACUGAGGGUGAGGGGCUGGACCAGACAUGGGCAUAUGAUAUGAAUGUCAUUCGCAAACUUUCAACACAAGCUGCCAUGAAAUAAGGAGAAAAGCCUUUUGUCCAAAAAAAAAAAAACCUGCUUCAUGAUUUAGCACUGCCUGAUAGGUACCUGUCACUUUAAUGUAAAACAUAAUAAUUUCCUAUUUUUGUAUUUUUUAGAGUAUGCUUAUAUGCUAUCAUAGAUUUUGUAGAAAAGUAGCUUUUCUGUGUUGUGUAUUUCUGAACUAAACUGUGAAAUAAAGAGCCAGUGUUACACUAUGCUAACAG